UAAGACUAUUCCUCCUUCGGCUUCCUACCAAACGAGGCCUAUUCUUUUAUCAUUUUGAUCUUUUCCAUUUUGAGUCCUUUUCCUUUCUUGACGUUACUUACUAAUAUCUUCCAGCCGAAUCAUAAACUAUUAGCCCUUUUUGGAUAACUCCUUUUCCAUUUUCGUUCUUCAAUUUUCUUGUGAUCUCAAAAAUCUUUGAUGGGGAGAUUAUUUGUGUUGACUCUUGAAGGCAACAUCUACAGCUGUAAGCACUGUGGAAUUCAUCUUGCCCAUUCUGAAAACAUUGUUUCCAAGUCUUUCCAGUGCAGUCAUGGGAAGGCUUAUCUCUUCAGGAAGGAGACCGCCCAUGAGAUGAGCCAAAAGUACAAAGAAGGAAAAUCAGUUCUUGAGCGGUUUAAGAUUUGUGGCCCUGAUGUAAGCCAUUACUCGGCUAGUCAUGAUAUUCAUGUUGCAGGAAGUGAUGUUGAUGAUGUUUGAUCACCAUCAAGAACAAAAUAUCUAUCCCAAAAUGUACAUUCUUUAACUCACCACCCCAUUAGUUUUUAAUGGACCAUUGGAUUAUUGAAUAGCUUAAGCUACUAAAACUUCUUUAAGCUUGUCCUCUAUUGUGUAUGAUAACAUGGAAGCCUCCAUGUGUUGUUUCAAACUAA